AUGGAAGCUGAUCAGGACCUCCGGGCUCUCUUUAAUUUCCUGAGGAGAGAGCCUGUGAUGUUUCUUAGAUUGCAGAGGUUUGUGUUAAGGACCAUUCAGUUUGAACGGUCCCUUAUGACCCUCUUGGAUGAUACGGAUAGAAGAAUGGAUGAAAUGGAAGGGCGAAAUGCCCAGGAAGAAAUGGAGGAAGAAGCUGUACCGCAGGAGUCAGAAUUUGAUGAAGCAGAGGCAGAGUCGGCCCCUUUGCCCGAAAAUGAUGAUGAUGGCGAAAAUUGA